CAAAGGGGCUGGGGAGGGAGCCGUGGUUCGGGACCGUGGCCAUGAAGCUAAAGUUACUGCCCCCUUCCUCUAAAGUCUGGACCCCCAGGCACUGGCUCAGCUGUGCUCUUCCCUUCACCUUCUUCAUCCUCAUAUUGCUGUUUUACCUAACUGGAGAGAAACGCCAAGAUGAGCUCACAGGCUGUGGAUUCAUGGCUCAGCUCUGUGUUCCAGAGAGCUCCUUGACUUCCCAGGUAGAGGCUGGCCAGAAAUCUGGUGAACUUCACUGCCUGGGCCCAGACAAGCUUCCAGGCCAAAUGGUAAAGCCUUUCAAGGAGAGUUUAGCCACUGAGGGAGACCUACAGAUUCCCCAGUUUCUCAAUGGAUGGAAAAAAUUGGUCAUGCUCCUGGACCCCUUGGGCACCCUCUUUACCUUUGCCACCCAGGAAGCCUCAGAGAAAAUCUCAACCCUCGAGUCUUAUUCCCGAGGCCCUUACUCCAACCAUUAUCAAACAUUUUUGGCCAUGGCUGACUGGGAGCAGCAUCCCUUUAAAUACAAAUCUGGUCUCCAAACACUGGUGCUUCUGCACCGAGCCCUGCGUUGGGCCCAGCUCUGCCUGGGUGGCAUCGCCAGAGCCCACAAUGCAGACAUGGGGGCUCUGUGUGGGGACGCCUAUCAGAGAGUGCUGGGUCCCUAUCACCCUUGGCUGAUCCGAAAGGCAGCAAGCCUAGCCUUUCUUGCCUUCCCCAGACGGAGCAAGCUACUGGCACUGGUGUGUCCAGGAGCCAACGAGCAGGAGGCCCAGGAGGCCUUGGCUCAGGCAUCUGACAUGUUGGAAGCUGUCUACAACCGCACCCAGGGGCUGCUGGAUGAAAGGGGGAUGCUGACAGAUGGAGUUACUAUGCAGCCAUUGGGGGGCAGGUAGCAGGACCUUCAGAAGAGCUCUGUGCUCCCUUAGAGUAUGGGGACUGAAUGGUGGAAGAGGGAAAGCAGACUGAGAGCAGCACUCAGUUUCUCUACCAUCUACUCUCUGCCACAUGACACUCCUGGAGUCUCAGACCUGGAGGCAAGAAAACUCUGAGUUUCCCCUUGGCAUCUUUCAUGAACAUCAGAUGGAAGAUGGAGGUAGGGGAAAAUAAAAUGUUUUUAG